AAAUCAAGCUUUACUCACUCAUCAAUUAAUCAAUCAAUUAUGCCGGCGUGUGUACUAGUCUAGUAGAGUGUUUGUCAACAUUAUCGCCUUCAAAACUUUUAAUUUAUCAAUUUUGAUACAAGACGCAUUUUAGUUAUGAAAAUAGACUCUUAGGUUUUCUAAUACUUUGCCAAGAUGAAGCAAGUUCUAAUGGUUGCAGAAAAACCGUCCCUUGCUCAGUCAAUUGCACAAAUCCUGUCAAAUGGACAUUUUAAACAGCGAAAAGGUUUGAGUUCGGCUUGUGCUGUGUAUGAGUAUGACGGAGUUUUUAAUAAUCAACAAGUAAAAUUUAAAAUGACGUCUGUGUGUGGCCAUGUUAUGAGUACUGAUUUUAUAUCGAAAUAUAAUAACUGGGAUCGAGUUGACCCAGCUGAAUUGUUUUCUGCUCCUACUGAGAAAAAAGAAGCAAAUGCCAAAUUACAGAUUCCAAAGUUUUUACAAUCUGAGGCCCGGAACUGUGACUAUUUGGUACUUUGGCUUGAUUGUGACAAAGAAGGUGAAAAUAUUUGUUUUGAAGUUAUUAACAGUGUGAAAAGUGUCAUGCGACCACCUGGAAAUAGAUUUGAGCAGGUCAUAUAUCGAGCUAAAUUCAGUGCAAUUACUGAUAAAGAUAUUAAGGCUGCAAUGCGGCAACUAAUCGAACCUGAUGAAAAUCAGUCUCUCUCUGUGGAUGCUCGUCAGGAGUUGGACCUGCGCAUUGGUUGUGCUUUCACAAGAUUUCAAACUAAGUUCUUCCAAAAUAAGUAUGGUAAUCUUGACAGUGCCUUGAUUUCUUUUGGACCUUGUCAAACUCCGACUUUAGGUUUUUGUGUCGAGCGUCAUGAUAGGAUAGCUUCUUUCAAACCUGAAACAUUUUAUGUGCUAUCUGUAAAGGUGUUAACUAACAAUGAUAAAGUUUUAUCUUUGGACUGGGAUCGAAUCAGAAUAUUUGACAAUGAAGUGGCAAAUGUGUUUUAUGGAAUUAUUAAGCAGAAGACUGAAGCCAUAGUUCUGAAUAUUUCUCAAAAAGAAAAAGCGAAACAAAAGCCACUGGCUUUAAAUACUGUUGAAUUAAUGAGAGUGGCCAGUUCCGGUCUCAAUAUGGGUCCCCAUCAUGCAAUGAUGAUAGCUGAAAAACUGUAUACACAAGGCUACAUUAGUUAUCCUAGAACAGAAACUACCAAUUACCCUGAAAAUUUCGAUCUAAGGGGAACACUGCAGAUUCAGAGUAAAAGCUCAGAUUGGGGAAAUGAUGUCAAAGAUCUGUUAUCUGGUACCAUGACUAGACCCAGAAAAGGCAAUGACGCUGGCGAUCAUCCUCCUAUCACACCCAUGAAAUUGGCUUCGAGGAAUGAACUUGAUGGUGAUUCUUGGAGAAUAUAUGAUUAUGUUGCUCGACACUUCAUUGCAUCUAUUUGUCCAGAUAUGAAAUACCUUCACACCGUUGUUUCCUUAAAAAUAGGGGAAGAAACCUUCACUUGCUCUGGAAAAAGUCUUAUAGAUCCUGGUUAUACUAAAUUUAUGUCAUGGCAAGCCCUUGGUGCAGAUGAAACUUUACCAGAUUUGAAAAAGGGUGAUAUCUUAAAAGUAUCUGAGGUCAAACUGAAUGAACGCCAAACCUCCCCACCAGACUAUUUGACUGAAUCUGAAGUAAUCACUCUUAUGGAGAAACAUGGAAUUGGAACAGAUGCUUCAAUUCCUGUUCAUAUAAAUAAUAUCUGUCAAAGAAAUUAUGUUACAGUUGGCAGUGGACGCAGACUAAUCCCAACACCUUUGGGAAUUGUAUUAGUCCAUGGAUAUCAAAAAAUUGAUUCCGAUCUUGUUUUACCAACCAUGCGUGCCGCUGUCGAGAAACAAUUGAACUUAAUAGCACUUGGAAAAGAAAACUAUGAAUCUGUACUACAGCACACCCUGACAGUAUUCCGUUUGAAAUUCCAGUAUUUUGUAACUAAUAUCACAGGGAUGGAUGAAUUGUUUGAAGCUACCUUUAGUCCUUUGUCUGAAAGUGGAAAACCUUUAUCAAGAUGUGGAAAAUGUCGUCGUUAUAUGAAAUUAAUCGCUACAAAGCCCAUGAGGUUGCAUUGUCCCACCUGUGAUGAAACUUUCUCAGUGCCUCAAAUAGGUGGCAACAUAAGAAUAUUUAAGGAAUUAAAGUGUCCUUUAGAUGAUUUUGAACUUUUACAAUUGACUGGAGGUACAAAAGGAAAGAGUUAUAUAUUUUGCCCUUAUUGUUAUAAUAAUGCCCCCUUCCAUGAUAUGCGAAAGUUGUCUGGCUGCAAUUCUUGUACUCAUCCCACCUGUCCUUAUUCACUCCAAAGCAAUGGCGUAUCUAACUGUUCUAAUUGUGAUGGAGGAAUAUUAGUACUAGAUCCUGGAUCAGGACCUAAAUGGAAGCUCUCGUGUAAUAGGUGUGAUACAAUUGUUCGCCUGUUUGAAGAUGCUGUAAAAGUCUCUAUUGAUGAUGAUACUUGUAAAGAUUGUGGUGGUCAACUUGUAACAGCUGAAUAUAAGAAAGAUAAAACAAAGUUUGGUGGUAACAUCACAGAAGCAACAGGUUGCAUUUUCUGUGAUGCCAGAUUCACAUCUCUCGUUGAUCAGCAACAAGCCAUGAAAUUCCACAAUUCUUCCAGAGGCAGAGGUCGUGGACGAGGCAGAGGAAGAGGCACAAGAUCUAGAGGCAGAGGUCGAAGCAAACCAAAGGACAAAAUGGCUCAACUAGCUGCCUACUUUGUAUAAAUCUUUUUAUAGAUUGUUAUUAUUUUUGUUACAUUUUUUCGUUUUGUUAUUAAAAUGUCCUUUUUACUAAACAAUUUUACUAACCUUAUUUAUGAUUUGGCUCUCGUGAAAGACACACUAUCAAAUUUUACUAAUUACUUGUUUGGAGAACAUUAUUUAUGCAUCUUACAAUGCUGUACAGACAAAUGAUUUAUUUUUUCCUUUGUAAUUUUCUUCUUGAAUCAAAUUAGAUCAAACACAAAUAAUAAAAGUUAAUAUUUCGACUACAAAAAUAUUUUUUUGCAUGAAAAGUUUUGUUUUGGAAUUGCAUUUGUUAUGAAGAAAACCCUUGUAACUUCCAAACUAUUAGUCCUAUCAACUCGAAUUUUCUUUCAUUCGGUUCAGUAAAGCAAAUUUCAGCAUAAAAUUUACCUGAUACGUUCAAACAGCCCCUAGAUAGCUAAGUAAAAAGUGUACUAAGUUAUGUCAAAAGUUUUUUAUUCAUAAAAGCUCAUACCACUUUUACCAAUUGCUUGUUAUAUUGACUCAUGCAUAGCAUUGAUCGAUUCAAGGUAAAAACAAAAUACAGAAGAAAUAAUGUUUCAUUUGUUUAGACAGCAAUAUCAGAUGCAUUAGUAGAUACAAGUACAAAUGUAUUCAUAAAACGCUUAUAACUUCUAAACUAUUAGUCCGAUCAUCUCGGGAACUGUAUUAUUCAAUUCAGUGUGAAAAAAUAAAUCACUAUUAAUGCCUUGUU